AUGUCUACAGGUGGAAGUGACACGGAGGACUACGGCACACGGCACAGAAGAAUAGCCACAGCUCUGGACAAAAGCACGAGAAAAGGCAUCUGCUACAACAGGUGCUCCACUCAACACCUGGAGGAGGUCAGGGAGGAGCACAGAGCGGCCAAGGCUCACACACACAAGGACUCACGGCAGACACAGAGAAAUGCAGCUAACGCCAGAGAGAGAGCACGGAUGAGAGUGCUAAGCAAAGCCUUUUCCAGACUCAAGACUAGUCUGCCCUGGGUUCCUGCUGACACCAAACUGUCCAAACUGGACACGCUGCGCCUGGCCUCUAGCUACAUCUGCCACCUCCGCCAGCUGCUGCAGGAGGAGCGCAUGGACAGCUUCCCUCAUCCAGUCACUCUGACCUGGCCUUUCAUGGUGCCCGGGCGCUCAGAAGACUCCUCAGAAGUGUCCUCCAGUGGGAGACUGUGUGGAGCCACUGCAUAG